AUGAUUUCGAGAGCUCCUGCGACUUCAAACUUGCACCUGGAACCAGGCGAGGAUGAGGUAACUCUAGCAAAGCUAGGAUACAAGCAGGAGUUUCGCAGGGAAUUCACUCCGCUAGAGGUAUCUGGACUUGCAUUCAGCUAUAUAGGAGUGGUACCUUCUAUAGUCUCCGUGUUCUUUUAUGCCCUACCAAAUGGUGGGCCUUUCGCUAUGGUUUGGGGGUGGGCAAUUGCUUGCCCUUUUAUCAUGUGCAUCGGGUUGGCACUGGGAGAACUCGCGUCAGCAGCGCCUACUUCCGGUGGCCUAUACUAUUGGACUUACUCCCUUGCGUCUCCACGGUGCCGCAAUUUCUGUUCUGGCUCUCAUUGUGUGGGAUUAGCUUCGGUAAAUUGGGCGUGCGCGAUUCAAAUCACAGCCGCAAUCAGUAUCGCCUCUGGUCAACCAUAUGCGACUACUAAUGCGAAGAUCUACGGUAUAUACGCAGCUGUAAUGUUGUCACAAGCCGUCCUCGUGAGCCUCGGUACCAAAGUCUUGGCAAGACUGCAGUCACUCCUGUGCUUCAUAGUCAUUAUCGCGCUUCCGAUCGCAACACCAUCAGAAUAUCGAAACAGUGCAAGUUUUGCGCUAGGGAAUUUCACAAAUCUGGAUGGCUGGCCAUCUGGAUUCGCAUUUAUAUUGAGCUUAAUGGCUCCUCUUUGGACAAUAGGGGGUUAUGAUGCUAGCGUCCACAUGAGCGAGGAGGCUUCGAACGCCGCUACCGCAAUACCAUGGGCGAUCACCAGUUCCAUUAUUAUUGCGGCCGUCCUGGGUUGGGUCAUCAACGUUGUCCUUGCCUUUUGCAUGGGCACUGAUCUCGACGGCAUCUUAAAUAGCCCUUUAGGUCAGCCCUUGGCCCAGAUCUUUUACAAUUCGCUCGGGCAGAGAAUGGCCUUAGUUUUUUGGUGUUUCAUUAUCUCAGCCCAAUACAUGGUGUCAUCGAACUGUCUCCUGGUCGGCUCUCGCCAGACGUUUGCAUUUGCUCGUGAUGGAGCCCUCCCAUUUUCACGAUAUUUGUACCGGAUCAAUGGCUACACACACACACCAGUCAAUACAGUUUGGUUCGACGCCGCCUGUGCUCUGUUAAUUGGACUUCUCGCGUUCGUGAGCACCCAAGCCGUCAAUGCGGUAUUCACAAUUGGUGUCACCGCGUCGUAUAUCUCCUACAUAACGCCUAUCACGACCCGUUUCGUGUUUAAUAACAACUUUAAACCCGGCCCAUUCCACCUUGGGAAAUUUAGUUUUCCGAUCUCUGCGAUCGCUGUGACAGGGAUGGUGUUCAUGAACAUCGUUUUCUUCUUUCCCUCCACCCCCCAAACAACCGCACAGGAGAUGAACUAUACAGUUGUGGUCCUUGGAGGGUUCAUGUUCCUUGCGAUUUCGUGGUAUUAUUUCCCGGUGUACGGAGGCGUGCAUUGGUUCAAUGGACCCAUAGCCAACAUUACACCGGCUAUCACAUGUGAAAACAGAGAUGAGGAUUCGAUGUCGGAGAAGGAAGAACGUGAUGCAGAAGUUAUUGAUGUAUAA